AAACACAAAACAACGACUACAAGUCAACAUGAAGUCAAACCUGGCAUCCCACUCUUUUAUUACAAAUCUAACCAAUCAAAUUCCAUUUCGCAAUUUGCAUGCCGCCCCCCGCCCCCACACUGAUUAUCCGCCAGAAGGAAAAAAGCUUCCAUGGAAAUUCUUCAAUCUCAGAAGAUAUUUCUCUCUCUACUGCUACUACCUUUCUUCUUCCACUUCUCAUCUCUUUCUCUCUCCUCCGCCGCCGCCUACACCUUACCCGAACAGUACUUCAUCAACUGCGGUUCCGCUUCCACCGUCUACAACCUCCGCAACUACACCGGCGAUGUAAAUUCCGGUAAAUUCACCUUGUCGUCUGGUGACAGCAGCCAAAUUGAAGACGCCGCCAAUUCUUCAACCGACGAACUCUACCGGAGUGCGAGAAUUUUCAGAAAGCCUUCUUCGUACGAGCUUGAUGUAGUUCAGAAUGGAACUUAUGUGGUAAGAUUCCACUUUUUCCCCCUUUCCGGUUUGGGGAAUAUCUCCGACGCUCGUUUCAGCGUCGACGCUUCUAGGUUUAGGGUUUUAUCCAAUUUCUCAAUUACAAACGCUACUGAUCUUAAAAAUUUUCCACUCAUCGAAGAAUUCCUGCUCACUAUUUCCGUGGGCAAAUUCGAGAUCAGAUUUGUGCCUACUGAAAUUAAUUAUUUCGCUUUCGUAAAUGCAAUCGAAGUAUUUCUCGCCCCGCCGGACUUCAUCCCAGAUUCCGCCGCCGCCGUCGCUCCAAAAGGCGAUGACGGCGAAUACAAGGGGUUGUUAUCAUCCCCUUUGCGCGUAAUUCACAGAAUUAACAUCGGAGGCUCGAAUGUUACGCCGACAAACGACACACUUUUGAGAUAUUGGAUUCCCGAUGAUGAUUAUUUGUUCAAUAAAGUCACAGCAAGGAAGAGCGACCCUUACAACGGCAGGCUCGAUUACCGGAGCCCAGGCGCCACGAAUUUUGAUGCCCCUGAUUCUGUCUACAGCACCGCCAAAGAGAUGAAUAUCGACAGUAGAAGUCAAUUCAACACAUUCAAUGUCUCGUGGCAUUUCGAUGUGAAAACGGGGAAGAAACACCUCCUGCGUGUCCACUUCUGUGACAUUGUUAGUAACACCACAAACGAAUUUCUCAAGUUCGAUCUUUUCAUCUACAAUAAUUUCGGUACAAUGAUCUACCCUUUCGAUUUCGUUCAGCAGACAGCCGCUCCUUUCUACAACGAUUUCGUGGUCGAUUCGGAUAACUCGGGUUUUAUGAAUGUCAGCAUUGGCCCACGAAGAGAUUCCCGUGUUCAAACAGCUUUUCUGAAUGGAGUAGAGAUUAUGGAGCUAAUCACCGAAUUGGGUUCGUCUAAUGGAGGGAGUGAUCAUUCGAAAAGUUUAUUCGUGAUUAUCGGUUCGAGUGUAGGAGGUCUUGUUUUAGUCCUUGUUUUCUUGACACUCUUGUUUAUCUGUUUGAGAAGGAGAAAAUGGAAGCCCGUCGAAGCUUUUGACUUGCCAUUGGGGCCUUUCUUUGGAGGAAGUUCGUACAGCAGAACCACCAAUCGAACCAUCAACGGCUCCCCGCUAGCCGAUCUAAACCUCGGUUUGAAGGUACCCUUUUCAGAAAUUCUCUACGCCACGAAAAAUUUCAACGCGAAGUUGAUUAUCGGAGAAGGAGGAUUCGGUAAAGUGUACAAAGCAAAGCUAAGAAACGGUAGAAAAGUAGCCGUGAAGAGAAGCGAGCAAGGACACGGGCAAGGCCUACCGGAAUUCCAAACAGAGAUAAUGAUCCUAUCCAAAAUCAAACACCAACACCUCGUUUCGUUAAUUGGAUAUUGUGACGAAAGGGAAGAAAUGAUUUUAGUUUACGAGUUCAUGGAAAAGGGUACGCUGAGGGACCAUCUCUACACCACAGAGGGAGAAGAAUCAUCCGUUGGAUCUUCAACUUCAAGAUCCGAAUUACCGUGGGACCUACGCCUCAAAAUCUGCAUCGGUGCAGCAAAAGGGAUUCACUACCUCCACACGGGGUCAAACGGGGCGAUCAUACAUAGAGAUAUAAAGUCAACGAAUAUAUUGCUCGACGAAAACUACGUGGCGAAGGUUGCGGAUUUCGGGCUCUCUCGAACGGGCCUUCUAGAGGAAACCCACGUGAGCACAGCUGUGAAGGGGAGUUUCGGGUAUCUUGACCCCGAGUACUUUAGAUGCUUGCAGUUGACUCAGAAAUCGGACGUUUACUCGUUUGGGGUUGUGCUUCUCGAGGUGCUCUGUGCCAGAGCGGUGAUCGACCAAUCGCUGCCGAGGGAGGAGGUGAGCUUGGCGGAGUGGGGGAUGACGUGGCAGAGGAAGGGGGAGUUGGGGGAGAUUGUUGACCGUUUUCUUGCGGGGAGGAUUAACCCGAAUUCCUUGAGGAAAUUUGGGGAGACUGUGGAGAAGUGUUUGCAGGACAAUGGGGCUGAUAGGCCGAACAUGGUGGAUGUGUUGUGGGACUUGGAGUAUUGUCUGCAGCUGCAGCACACGGUUGUGCCUAGGGAAGCGUACGAGGAUAGUGCGACGGAUGUUUCUUUGGAUUUUCCAAUGAAUGUUAUUCAGAGGCUGCCUUCUCAUAAUGUACCGAUCGAUGAGACGUGCAGUUUUUCGGAUAUCAGUCAGGUUAAUGCCAAUGAGGCCUUCUCCCAGCUGAGAAUCGAUGAAGCUAGAUGAUUUUUUUUUGUUUUUUUUUUUUUUUUUGGCUACUACUAAUGUAUUUUGUGUAAUAUAUAUGUAUACUGGAUUUUGUUCAAGAUUUAGUAAUUAUCUUGGUGUAAGAUCAGUGGUAUUUAUAAUUAAAAAUAAAGAAGAUCGUUUGCACGAAAUGGGAUUUUUGAAUUUUUCGUAAUAUAGAAGAAUCGGGCUUGGAU